GAUGCCCGUCCGGAGUUGGUGUUGGGGGGGAGGGGAAGAUGUGAGCUUUUAUUUCCCAUAGCUGCAGAGGGGGCGAUGGCCUCCCAAUAGUCACAAGAACCGACCCGCCGCCGCCGCUCCGCCGAGAGGAGACUUGUCACAGGCGCCUUGGGGGACCCUGGGAAGCGGCUGCGAUUGCUCCCCUCCGGCCUCGGGGCUUAGGACCAUUUCCUGACUCACGCAGCGCCAGGCACCUCCUUGAGCUGAGCCGGGAGCCGCGCCGCGCCGACCGGAGAGCAGAUGCCCGGGUGUGCGCGCUCGGCCCAGCCCCAACCCAACACACAACCCAAACAGCCCACAACCAAAAUAACAAUACACCCGAGCCACGCUGGGGACACUGACAUGGGCGCUCAGAGCGAGAAGGAGCCGGAGACAUGAGCCAACUCUGAGGACACUUUGGGUUUUUUUUCCUUCUCUCUUUUUGUUGGUGGAAAACACAAAUUGUAGAUUUUUUUCUCCCUUUUCCAUUGGCUGCAACUUGGUCUGGAGCCUCGUUAAUUUCACUUGGCGAUGGAUGAGUUCCAUCCGUUCAUCGAGGCGCUGCUCCCCCACGUCCGGGCCUUCGCCUACACGUGGUUCAACCUGCAGGCCCGCAAGCGCAAGUACUUCAAGAAGCACGAGAAGAGGAUGACGAAGGACGAGGAGAGGGCGGUGAAGGAUGAGCUGCUGAACGAGAAGCCCGAGGUCAAGCAGAAGUGGGCGUCCCGGCUGCUGGCCAAGCUACGCAAGGACAUCCGGCCCGAGUUCCGGGAGGACUUUGUGCUCUCCAUCACGGGCAAGAAGCCCUCAUGCUGCGUCCUCUCCAACCCCGACCAGAAGGGCAAGAUGCGGCGCAUCGACUGCCUGCGCCAAGCCGACAAGGUGUGGCGCUUGGACCUGGUCAUGGUGAUCCUCUUCAAGGGCAUCCCGCUGGAGAGCACGGACGGGGAGCGGCUGGUCAAGGCGGCCCAGUGCACCAACCCCAUCCUGUGCGUCCAGCCCCACCACAUCAGCGUCUCCGUCAAGGAGCUCGACCUCUACCUGGCCUACUUCGUCCGAGAGAGAGGUAGGCGCCGUCCGGGGCUGGGUUUGCAUUGCAUUGCCGCCUGGCACUGCGGGAGGGGACGGGGCUGUGCCCAGAGGCCAUCCCCAGCUGGCAGGAAUCCAGGCCCAGUUCUUCCCUGUUUGGGGGACUUUGACCUGCAAAGAUGAACCUGGAAACCAACU